UUGAAAAAAUGAAAUUUCUAUUAACACAACCACAAAGCAUGGGGAGAUGAGAGACACAUGUGACUGACUGUCUGCCUGCCAUCUGCUCCAUCUCACUCACCAAUGCCAAUGUCUCUUCCUCCUCCGUAUUCUAGGAGGCACCUCUCCUCCUCCUCCUCCUCCUUGCUGCUGUUUGUUUUGUUGGCCUGCGCAGCCGCCAUUACUAGCACUGCUGUUACUGAUACUGAUGAAGUUGUCAAAGAAGUAGAUCCAAGCUUCCUCCAGUUUGAGAACCCAAGGCUUCGCCAAGCCUACAUUGCCCUUCAAACUUGGAAGUCCUCCAUCUUCUCCGACCCUUUCAACUUCACCGCCACCUGGAAUGGCUCCGACGUCUGCUCCUACAUGGGCGUAUACUGCGCUCCUGCUCCUAAUUCAAUUGGAGGCCGCGGCGGACGCGUGGUGGCUGGCAUUGACCUCAACCACGCUGACAUUGCCGGCUACCUCCCUCCGGAGCUUGGCCUCCUCUCGGACCUUGCACUCUUCCACAUCAACUCCAAUCGCUUCUGUGGCGUUGUCCCAAGCACCCUGCACCGCCUGAAGAUGCUCCAUGAGCUCGACCUCAGCAACAACCGCUUUGUCGGAGAUUUCCCCGAAGUAGUGCUGUCUCUACCUUCCCUCAAGUACUUGGAUCUCCGCUUCAACGAGUUCGAAGGCUCCGUCCCCUCCCAGCUCUUCGACAAGGAUCUCGACGCUGUUUUCCUCAACGACAACAGGUUCCGAUUCGGCAUCCCCCACAAUCUCGGCAACUCCCCGGUUUCUGUGCUGGUGUUGGCCAACAACAAACUCGGCGGUUGCAUCCCAGCCAGCAUUGGAAAGAUGGCCAACACCCUCAACGAGAUCAUCCUCCUCAAUGACAACCUCACCGGCUGCUUGCCGCCCCUGAUCGGCCUCCUCACCAAUCUCACCGUCUUGGACGUCAGCUUCAACCAGCUUCAGGGUCCUCUUCCCUCCACCGUUGGCAAAAACAUGAAGAGCUUGGAGCAGCUGGACGUCGCCCACAACAAACUCACCGGCGUCAUACUGGCGAGUGUUUGCCAGCUGCCUCAGCUGCAGAACUUUACCUAUUCCUUCAACUAUUUCACUGGAGAGGCUCCUGCUUGUGCUGCCAUCUCUAACAAAAAUAAUGUAAUCCAUGGUCGCAAGAACUGCAUUCGUGGCAAGUCGGAUCAGAGAUCUGCAAGGGAAUGUGCUUCCCCAGCUGCACGUCCCGUCGACUGCACCAAGCUCAAAUGCAGCAGCAGCAGUCCUGGAGGCGGCGGCGGCAAUCCCGGUGGAGGCGGAGGCAGCAGUCCAGGAGGCCGCGACGGCUCUAAUAAAAGGCCUCCACGGGUCUCAACACCCUCUCCGCCUGUUCGGAAUAAGCCGCCUGCUCAAAGAAGGCCUCAGGUUUCAACACCCCCACCCACACCCCCACCCCCGACUUCAGAGUCAUCGCCUUCGACUAGAUCGCAUCCUCCGCAGCCACCAUCACAGCCUUCUUCUUCUCCUUCUCCUCCUCCGCCUGUGGCGCCUCGUACGACACCUCCUCCUCCCUCCCAUUCCCAUUCCCAUACAAAGCCCACUUACCAUUCACCAACUUCACCUCCGCCACCACCUAAUCAAAGAGUAUCACCCAGGACUCAUCUUCCACCCUCUCCCCCUCCAUCCAGUAGUCAUGGUCAUUGGACUCUGACGCCACCACCCUUCCAAGUGGUGUCACCAAGUACCCAUCUAAGACCACCUCCGCCCCCACCACCUCACUCUAAACAUGAUAUGGUGGCGCCGUUGCCUCCAGGCUAUCAUUACAAUUAUGCUUCGCCGCCACCGCCACCACAGCACGCAUCAGCUCCCGAUUAUCAGCCCCACACGCCUCCCCCACCUCAACAGCGCUCAACCAACGUCCCACCACCUCCAAGCUAUCAUAGUUAUACAAGUCGACCGCCUCCACCUCCACCUCCACCUUCACCACAAUCUCCAUCUUCAUCACUGCCUCCACCUUCCCCACAAUCUCCACCUUCAUCACCACCUCCGCUACCUCCACUGCCAUCACCAUGUGCAUCUCCACCCCCACCAACACAUGAACAUUAUACAACACCGCCUCCUUCACCCACACACGAGCAUUAUCCAUCAAAAACCCCACCACCACACACAAGCACAGGUAUGAGUAGUCUACCCCCAAAUCAUCCAUCUCCUCCUCCACCAAGUGAGCCAUCACAUCCGGUGAUUCCUCUGCCACCCACCGGUUGUGUGAUUCCACCAUCACCAUCACCACCACCACCAAGCCAGCAUACUGUGCCAUCACCGGUAUUAAACUUCGUACCGCCACCAUCAAGCCAUCACCACUCACCAAUAUCACCUCCGAAAGAACAACAUUGGCAUCCUCCACCACCACCACCAUCACAUCAACAAUUUCCUCCCCUGACCCCGUUCGAAAACACGCCACUUCCUCCAGUUAUAGGAGUGUCAUAUGCAUCUCCUCCUCCCCCAGAAAUACCCUACUACUAAUCGAAUGAUUAAUUAAUUUCCAGCUAUGGGAUAGAAAAGAAUCACAAUUCUUUGUUGCAGAUCUACGUGUAUGUUCUUUCUUUUUCUUUAAGAAGCACUGUUUCUUCAAAUUAUAGCAAUAAUAGUUCCAUUUCUGCUUCGUA